CCAAAGCACAGUGCCCACUGUUGGUCCCUCAUUCCUGACUCGGUGGAGGGCUGUGUGAACAGACACGGGAGGGAUGCUUAUCCCUCUCUACUGCCGUCGGAGAAAGCCCGGUGUUUGUCCUCGCCUCUGAGGUAGAAUGAGAUUGUGUUUUGACCUAGAGUGACAAUUUGGAAAGACCGUUGCUCAUCGUGUGUUCAGGUGUGUGUGGUGUUGAGGAUGUAGGCUGGUGCAGAGGGAUGGAGUGCUCCUGGAAGACCCUGCUGCUCCUGGUGUGUGCGUCUCUGGUGGUGCAGUACAUCGCCAUCCGCUCCUUCAGGGAGUCCCUGCCCAGCUCCUGCCAGGGGAACUCCCACUGCUUGGAGCGCCAGGCUAAAGAGUCCUGGUGGAGAUCCGCGUGCGAUGAGAGUUCGGUUCCCGUGGAGACAGUGGGGACGGGCGCGGUCCCGGGACGCCGGCACAUCUUGCUGUUUGCGGCCACGCGCAGCGGCUCCUCAUUCACGGGCCAGCUCCUCAACCAGCACCCGGACGUCUUCUACGUCUACGAGCCGCUCUUCCACGUGUGGCAGUCCUUCACCAACGGCAGCUGCUGCCACCGGAGGGCGCCGGAGAGGCGCGAGCUGCUGGGGGCCUACCGCGACCUCCUGCUCAACCUCUUCACCUGCCGCCUGGGCUUCCUGGAGAGCUACAUCCACCCGCCGCCGCAGGACCACGUGACGUCCGCCCUCUUCCGAAGCAGCUCCAGCCUCGCCCUGUGCUCGCCACCCGUCUGUCCUGAGGCGGGCGGGGUCGACUUGAGCCUCUCGGCGAGCCAGCCGGAGGAGGCCUGGUGCCACAAGAAGUGCCGCGCGCUCAACCUGACAGUGGCGUCGGAGGCGUGUCGGCAGCGUGGGCACGUGGCCAUUAAGGCGGUGCGCGUGCCACGCGUGGCUGACCUGCGCACCCUGAGCGAGGACCCGCGGCUGGACCUUCGCAUUGUCCAUCUGGUACGCGACCCGCGUGCCGUCCUCGCCUCCCGCAUGGGCGUGUUCUCGGGGUUCCGCGCCUGGCGCAUCUGGAACGCCACGGGCCGCCAGCCGCGCUACGUGGACCUGGCCCAGAUCGGCCACACGUGCCGCGACAUGGAGGCGUCGGCCGACACGGGCCUGCUGCAGCGUCCAGGCUGGCUGCGCGGCCGCUAUCUGCUGCUGCGCUACGAGGACCUGGCCCUGCGGCCCGAGGACAAGGCCCGCGACAUCUACCGCUUCGUGGGCCUGGACGGCGUGCACCCGCGCGUCCUCCGCUGGAUCGCCCACAACACCAACGUGACCAACGCGCCCGCCGAGUGGCACUACAAGUACUCGACGGCACGCGACUCCAAGGCCGCGGCCGAGAGCUGGAGGCUGCGGCUGCACUUCAGCAUCGUGCAGGCGGUGCAAAGCCUGUGCAACAGCACACUGGCCCUGCUGGGUUACAAGCAAGUGCAGAGUGUGGAGGAGCUCAGGAACCUCUCCCACAGCCUGGUGGAGCCCAGGACUUUUCAGCCGGCCCUUUGAUCCCAGCUGCUGCUCUGGCGCUGGGCGGGAGUCCUCCACAGUUGAUUGAUUGUUUCGGAACACAAGACUUGUCACGUUACAUUUGAGCAGUGUUGGGCUUGGCUACACACCAAACAAAUAUCACUGCCAAGGAACUGAAAGUAAAAACAGAAAAGAUAUACUGACUCUUUCUUUUAGUCAUUCCCAUGUUUUCACUCAAGUUCAGAUUCAGAAUUUAUUUAGUCAUCGCAAAUGUUGCAUACCUAGUGAUUAAACAUUGAAAAGACACUGUGCCUCAGUGUAAGUCAGUUGAUAGGUUAAGGUUUAUACAUAAAGCUUUAAUUUGCUGGUAAAGGUGCUGAAGGCAAAGGCUCCGGCUAAUUUGUCUGUGAUUUAGCUUCAGUCGGUGUCUGUGCCCGGGGUAAGUUUUAAUGAUCGUGAGCUAAACAACAAAUUAGACAGCUCAGGGCCGUGAAACACCCACGCAGCUGACAGGAGUCGUGAUUGCAAGGAAUCGACAUGCGGGAAGCUUUGUGUCUUGUGUUUCAUGUAGUCUGUGUAAUUCAAUGAUCUGCAUUUAAGAUGAGCUUUGAAGGAGCACAGUGUGGAACUAUUGAAAUAGUCUGCCUGUUUACACAACCGUGAAUCUUUUCAAAGAUGCUGUUUUAUUCUCCCUUAAAAGGGGUUGACAAAGCUGUUCAUGAUUUGUUUAUUUAUUUAUUUAUUUAUUUAUUGACUGACAUGUUAUUUAUUGACUGACAUGUUUAAGAAGGCGAAGGGGAGAGUCUCAGGAUCUUUGUGGUCAGGUGUUGAAUGUUGUAUUUCAUCCUCCAAGACCCAUCGGGCUUGUUGUGCUGAGCAGGGAGUUAUGGGUGAAGUGCUGACCGUUUCUCAUGUUCUGUAUGCUGCAAACCUGAACGUCAGCAUAAAAACGUGCAUCAAAGCCAAGAUCAGACGCAGAUAAUGGCCAUACAGCUUGAAGCUGUAUCUCAUUUGUUUUCAUGUUGUCUAUCCAUUUUGAGUGUUUACAGAAGGAAACAAAGGACAGAAGGAA